UCGGUGGAGGAGCUGUCGGGGUGGAGCAGCUCGGCCAGCACAACCAGUCAGCGUAGAGGGAGAAAAAUGGAGCUCGGAGUCAGACAGAGAUAGAAAAAUGAAGUGUCACACAUCACUCACCCCUUUCCUCGCCUGCUCGCCUCGCUAGCCGACACAGUCACCGUAGAAACCGCCGGGGCUAGACUUCGCCUUUAUGGCGGGUCUGACUUAUUUAGUGCUCCGGUUUUCGGGCUCCGCUGGUCGGUCUUACGGAGUGUUUUCCAAAGGCUUGACGAGGACUUUGUUGAUAUUUUUUGAUCUCGCAUGGCGACUGCGAAUCAGAUUCCCCUACAUCUACCUCGUCGCCUCGAUGAUGUUUAAUGUCAGAUUACAGGUGCACAUUGAAAUCCACUGAUCAAUCUUCAAUGCCUGCAUUUGGAAUCAAAACAGUAAAUUGUGAGCACUGCCAUGUUUCAGUCCUUUAAAACAAAAAAAAAAAAAGGAAAUUUAGUUCCUCAAACUGGUGUGACAAUGCAACAAUGUGACACAGCUAAAUGUGGUGGUCA